AGUGUCAUGGCGCGCCCCAUGUGAAGCGCCCGGCGUUUCCGGAGAGGCUUCCCCGCGUCUGGGCUGGCGUACUCCUCAAGAGGAUCAGAGACCAGUUGCAGAUAAUCAAGAAGAUGCCUUCCGCAUCCUGUGAUAAACUCUUGCAUGACAUAGAAGAUAUCGUGACACAAGAAGAUUCAAAGCCACAAGACAGACAUUAUGCAAGAAAGCAAGUUGUUCCAAAGGUGCGAAGGCGCAACCACGAGAAGUACACGGACGAGGAAGACAGCCCUCCAAGUGACAGCACAAUUCCAGGGAUACAGAAAAUUUGGAUCCGAACCUGGGGCUGUUCUCACAAUAAUUCAGAUGGAGAGUACAUGGCUGGCCAACUAGCUGCUUACGGAUAUAAAAUAACAGAGAACGCAUCCGACGCAGACUUAUGGCUUCUGAAUAGCUGUACCGUGAAAAACCCUGCCGAAGACCACUUUCGGAAUUCGAUUAAGAAAGCCCAAGAGGAGAACAAGAAAAUUGUGCUCGCUGGCUGCGUUCCUCAGGCUCAGCCUCGCCAGGAUUACCUGAAGGGACUGAGCAUCAUCGGGGUUCAACAAAUAGAUCGUGUGGUAGAAGUUGUGGAAGAAACAAUUAAAGGUCACUCGGUGAGACUGCUGGGUCAGAAGAAGGAUAAGGGCAGGCGGCUCGGGGGGGCCCGGCUGGAUUUGCCGAAGAUCCGCAAGAAUCCACUGAUAGAGAUCAUUUCCAUCAAUACUGGGUGUCUCAAUGCGUGUACCUACUGCAAAACCAAACAUGCCAGAGGAAACUUGGCCAGUUAUCCAGUUGAUGAGCUAGUGGAUAGAGCCAAGCAGUCUUUCCAAGAGGGCGUUUGUGAGAUAUGGCUGACCAGUGAAGACACGGGCGCUUACGGCAGAGAUAUUGGCAGCAGUCUCCCCGAGCUGCUCUGGAAGCUGGUGGAAGUGAUUCCCGAGGGAGCGAUGCUCAGGCUUGGCAUGACAAAUCCACCUUAUAUCUUAGAGCACCUGGAGGAAAUGGCGAAGAUCCUUAACCACCCCCGGGUCUACGCAUUCCUGCACAUCCCCGUCCAGUCCGCCUCUGACUCGGUGCUCAUGGACAUGAAGAGGGAAUACUGCGUGGCCGACUUCAAGAGCGUGGUGGAUUUUCUGAAAGAGAAAGUUCCUGGAAUAACGAUUGCUACAGAUAUUAUCUGCGGUUUUCCUGGAGAAACAGAUCAAGAUUUUCAAGAAACAGUGAAACUGGUGGAAGAAUACAGAUUCCCAAGCCUCUUCAUUAACCAAUUUUACCCGAGACCAGGAACUCCCGCUGCAAAAAUGGAACAAGUUCCAGCACAAGUGAAAAAGCAAAGAACCAAAGAUCUUUCUCGGGUAUUUCAUUCUUACAACCCAUAUGAUCACAAGAUUGGCGAAAGACAGCAAGUAUUAGUAACUGAAGAAUCUUUUGAUUCCAAAUAUUACGUUGCACAUAAUCGGUUCUACGAACAGGUUUUGGUACCCAAGAACCCUCCAUUCAUGGGAAAAAUGGUGGAAGUGGACAUUUAUGAAUCGGGAAAACAUUAUAUGAAAGGACGGCCCGUAUCAGACGCCAAGGUAUACGCACCAUCCAUCAGCAAACCGUUAGCCAAAGGGGAGGUCUCCGGCUUACCUGAGGAACUCAGACACAGACUUGGGAAUCACUCCAGUUCUCCGGGGACUGCAGCCACAGUGACCACCAGAGAUGCGGCGGGUGCCAGAGUGGCCCUGAGCUUGCUCCUCCAGCCUGCAGGCUGCGUGCUGGCCGUGUCUGCAGGCCUGGCUCUGAUGGCUCUGCUCUUCGGUUUUUUCUAUCCGAGUCUGUAAUUAAAACACAACACCAUGACGCAUCCGGGAAGAAGAGCACAUUUCUAAUUAAAGUCUGCAGUAAGCAGAGAAGCAGCCGUUAUCGGGGUGCAAUGGGCAGGAAUUUCUGCCGGCCUCCCUGGUGCCCCUUCAACCUCCAUCCUUCAAUGAGAAGCCCCGGUCUCACCUGGUGUCAGGCCAAUCGGGGCUCUCGGACCCAAGUCCCAGUAGCAACUGCCAUCCGUUAUCUUGCCAAUGAAACUCCUUGGGGUUCCUGUUUUUGGGAGCCAGAAACGCAAGUGAUUGUGUUUCCUUUCAGUUAGCUCCCUUCUGGAUAGAACACAUGGUCCCCUUUUCCUGAGGUGGGAAGAAUUUUCUAAUCUUUCAUAAGCAUUUUUCGAUGUAUCUACCCCUUUCUGCUUUGCUAGAGGCCCACGGCAGCAAAAAUCUUAUAUCUCACAGUACAUGUGUUCCUUGGAAGUUGAUGUGAAACCUUUUUGGGGACCUCGAAUCCUUCGGAACACCAGGAGCGAAAGGACUCUUGGCAACAUAUCAAGACUUGGAAAGAGCCCACAAAUUUUGGAAACCUGCCCUGUCUCCAACAAAGGGUUGGUCUUCUCUGACAUUUUCCAUCAGUUCCAUCGUUUGGGUUUUGUUUCUACCUGACAUCCUGGGCCUUUACCAGUGAAGGGACUUCUUUACAAUAAAAAAAAAUUGGUGUGAG